AUGCUGGCGAUCAAUCUCCUCAAGACUGGGGGAUUUCUCCUCAGCGCGGUGUCUGUUCUGGCAGUCCCAGUUGUGGUUGAGUCAUUGAACGAGACCCCCGCUGGAUGGGAAGAAUCAGACUCUCCCUCUCCCGACCAGUUCAUCAACCUCUCUAUCGGACUUGAGCCCGAAGAUCACAAGUUGCUUGAGCGUACCAUCUACGAAGUCUCCGAUCCUGACCAUCACAAGUAUGGCAAGCAUCUCUCUCGCGAAUCUGCCAAAGCUCUACUCAAGCCUUCUCGUGCGGCUACCAAGUCUGUCAAGCGCUGGCUCUCUGAGGUUGGAGUUCCCGACCACCACGUUCGUGAUGAGGGAGAGUGGCUUCACAUUCGGACUACUGUCAAGAACGCCGAAGGAAUGCUCAACACUCGUUUCUCUGUGUUCGCCCGCGAUGACAGAAGCAUCGUCAGAACGAGAGAGUACUCUGUCCCUCACGAGAUCCGCCGCCACAUUACAUCAAUCCAACCCACAACACUCUUUUCAAGCUUCCAGCAUACAAGAAAUCUUGAAGAAACCGCACCCACCAUGAUGAAGCGGGAUGCUCAGGUUGAAAAUGAGCCUCGAUCUACCAAGGAUGGCAACUAUGGUGGAUCAGGUCCGAUCGACCUAAAGAAGUGCAAAACUGAGGCAACCCCUGCUUGUAUCCGUAAGCUGUACAAGAUGCCAAAGAAGUACCCAACUGCUGCGAAGGGCUCUUUAUUCACAACUGUCAGUUUCAGAAACAUGUCCGCCCAACGAGAUGAGCUCCAAAGGUUCCUCCAACGCUACGCGCCUGACCUCAAAGGUGUUACGUUUUCUGAUGACUCCGCCAAUGGUGGGACAAAUACGCAAGGUGAUGGCAGGAAAUUCGAGCACGAAGGAAAUCUGAACAUCCAAUAUGCUGUCUCGUUAGCCUCUCGAGUCCCAGUACAACACCUAGCUGUGGGAGGUAUUGAACCAGACUACACUCCUGAUCUUGAUUUCCCUCCAGGAGUGGGUAUUGAGCCCUGGCUCGAGUUUGCUGAACAUAUCUUGAACCUGCCUACCAAGAAACUCCCUUCAGUUAUUUCUAUAUCUUGGGGCGAAUAUGAACAACACCUUCCCAAGCAAUAUGCCCGUCAGGUCUGCAAUAAAUUCGGACAGAUCGGUACGCGGGGUGUUUCCAUCAUAGUCCCAGCUGGCAAUCAGGGUGUGGGAGUUUCAUGUCAAUCGAACGAUGGAAAGAAGACCAAAAAGUUCCUUCCUACAUGGCCCAGCGCUUGUCCAUAUGUAACCACUGUGGGUGGUACUGGGGACAAUAACCCUGAGAUUGCAUGGAGCGAAGGAGAAGGAGAGGAGUACUCGACUGGAGGUGGGUUUUCUGAUCUUUUCCCCCGCCCUGAGUAUCAGGACAAGGUUGUCAAGGAGUAUCUGAAGAAGCUUGGGAAGAAGUGGCAGCCUUAUUUCAACCCCAAUGGACGAGCCUAUCCUGAUGUAGCAGCACUUGCGGUCAAUUUCCCGGUCAAUCUCAAUGAUACAUUGGACUAUGCAACUGGAACGAGUGCCGCAGCCCCAACUUUUGGGGCCGUUAUUGCCCUCCUUUCAAAUGAGAGGUUGAGGAAGGGAAAGCCUGCGAUGGGAUUCCUUAACCCUUGGAUCUAUAAAAAAGGGUACAAAGGGUUCACCGAUAUUGUGAAUGGGAGAAACUACGGCUGUCAAGGCUUCAGUGCCCUAGGCUCUCCGGCGCCUAAAAUACCUGGUGCAGGUUGGGAGGCGGUCAAAGGAUGGGAUCCUAUUAGUGGUUUCGGAACGCCGUUGUACGACAAGUUGGAAAAGCUGGCCCUUUAG